CUCUGUCACUGUCAAAAGUAUGUUUAUUUAUUUUAAAAGUAUGUCCAUGACUUGUAAAUAAACUUUAUUUACAUAACUAACGUAGAAAUAUUUAAGAUGCUAUUUGUUAUCGCGAUUUAUUUUGACUUGAAAUUAAUAACACAAUUUUGAAACUAUGUCUGAAGACUGUGAGAAGACUCAGCAAUAUAUAGCAGCAGUUUGUAUAUGUAUAGGCGCCUUUGGAAUUGGCACUGGAAUUGGAUGGACUUCGAACAUAACACAAGACCUCAAAGAGGGUGAGUUGAACGAAAUCGACAUGACAGAUUUAGAACUUGGCUGGAUGGGUGCAAUGUUGACACUUGGAGCAAUAUUUAUGUGCAUUGCAGUAGGAUGGAUCGUUGAUAUGAUAGGCAGAAAAGCAACAGUAUUAUUUAGCAUAUUUCCGUUUUUGAUUGGUUGGCUGCUGAUUACGUGCAGUGCCGAAAUUACCCUAACAUAUAUAGGAAGAUUUCUGGUUGGUAUAGCUGGUGGGAGUUUUUGUGUCAUAGUUCCUUUAUAUACUAGUGAAAUUGCACAUGAUAGCAUUAGAGGAGCAUUGGGCACGUUUUUUCAGCUUUCUAUAACUAUUGGAAUAUUUUACUGUGGAGUAUUCGGAUUUGUUUUACCUCUUAUCGCGUUUAAUAUCACUUGCUGUGCUAUUCCAAUUCUUUUUGGAGUGGCAUUUUUCUUUCAGCCUGAAACACCAACAUUCAUGCUAAAGCAAGGACAUGUAGAAAAAGCAGAAAAUACAUUUAGAAGACUGAGAGGCGAAAGCUACGAUUUUUCUGCAGAAAUGAAACAGAUAUUAUUUGAUAUUGAACGUGAGAAGUACUUUUUAAAAGCUUUCGAAAAAAAGUCGACCAAAAGAGCUUUGCUAAUAUGCUUCAUGUUGAUGUUUUAUCAACAACUGAGCGGAAUCAAUGCAAUAAUGUUUUAUUCCCAAGAGAUUUUUUACGUUUCUGGAUCACAAAUAAGAGACUCUUAUUGCGUCAUACUGCUACAGUUCAUACAAGUGAUUGCUACGCUUUUAUCUACUCUCACCGUAGAUUGGUUUGGAAGAAGAAUCCUCCUUUUAACCUCUUCUGGAUGUAUGGCCUUCUCUACAGCCUUUAUUGGUAUAUAUUUCUCUUUAAAACAAAGUGGAGUUCUCGGCAAACAUACUGGUUUUAGUUUUAUUCCUAUAAUGUCCUUAAACAUAUUCAUAAUUGCUUAUUCGUUCGGAUUUGGACCCAUACCAUGGAUGAUACCGUCUGAAAUGUUCACUCCAGAAAUAAAAACAAAAUGCAGCGCUAUGGCUGCCACGUUUAACUGGACCUUGGCCUUCUUGGUCACGAAGUUUUAUUUUCCAUUAUCAGAAAGUAUCGGUGUCGAUAGUUCUUUUUAUAUAUUCAGUUUUAUCUCAGCUACUGCUAUAUUAUUUGUUUAUUUUGUUAUUCCGGAAACGCGUGGAAAAACAUUCGCCCAAAUUCAAAUUGAGUUAGAAAAGUAAUAUAAGAUAUCUUCUGUUU